UUAAACACGCUGCCGAUUUUAGGUUCAUCGUAACAGACCACGACUUACUGACCUAAACUAGCAUAUGUCAAAAAUACGUUGAACUUGAAAAACACAAAUAUGUUUAGAAAGAAAAAAAGGUUGUUUAAAAGACAAAGAAUUGUGACAUUGUUAAGUUCAGUUUAGAUGGGCUACUCAUUCUGGAACAUUCUCUCUCAUGACUUGAAUUUGCUUAAUCACUUACUUCAUGUUGGGAAUAAACUCUGGUCUCACAAAGACUCCUUCAUGACAUGUAGGCUAUCUUCUGCAGUCACAUGAUCCCAGAGGAGAAUGAUUCAAAUAAAUAGUCUGAGCUCCAGUCCUUCUCAUAUUCAGCACGACUUUUAAAAGGGCUAAACAAGUACAAUGAAGGCCUUACUGGUUGUUUUGGCCCUCUUGCUGCCCAUUAUAAAUGCCCAGGUGCCUCACUGGGGGCCGUGCCCAGAGCCAGCUACUCAACCUGCCUUCAGCCUAAAGAAGUUUAUGGGCAGGUGGUUUGAGAUCGCUAAACUUCCAGCACAGUUUGAACGGGGGAGAUGCAUUGAGACCAACUUCACUCUCAAGCUGGAUGGAACGGCUCACGUUGUGAGCUCUGAAAUUCUAAAAGGAGAGUUAAAAACAAUUGAUGGGACAGCUGUGGUGGAAGAUAAAAGAAAUCCAGCAAAGCUUGGAAUCAGUUUCUCUUAUGUUUUGCCCUACACUCCAUACUGGAUUUUGUCCACUGACUAUGAGAAUUCAGCUCUGGUGUAUUCAUGCACUGAUGUCUUGAGACUGUUCCAUGUAGACUUUGCUUGGAUUCUGGGACGCACCCGAUCCCUGCCUGCUGCCACCAUCGACCACGGAAAAGACAUUUUUACCAACAACAACAUCGAUGUGAGUCGGAUGAUCUUAAGCAGACAGCAGGGAUGUGACAAAGAUCUUUGAAUGACUGGAAAAUCCUGUUUCCAGUGUUGAGAUGUUUUGUGUUGAACAAACUGUGGACUACAGAAGUAGUAUACUAUUCCUUUUAUUAAAAAUACUGCUCUGUUUAUAAACAUUUUAUUUAAUUAAAUGGCCAUGGAGUCUUGGACUUAUUACAUUAUUUUUACAGGUUUGCAAACCAGAAAUGUAAUCCAUCUUCUUUGGGAGCUAUUGUACAGAAUUGAAAGCACAAGUUUCCAAUUGAUCAAAAUAAAUUAGAACA